AUGAAUGGCUUCGAUCCCCGUUCCAGCCAGUCGUCCUACGGCAACCCCGGACACUCCUCCAUCGCCUCCUUUAGCGCUCCGCAACCGCCGCCGACCAAAGUGCUCCUGGACGGCUAUGGCGCCGCAUAUGACCCCCAACAGGCUGAGACGUCGCGAUACAAUCCGCUCAACCCCACGCACCCGCGCAGCUCCGCAUUGCUCAACGCCAACGAUCCCGUAACCAUGUACCUGUUGACCGAAACCGCCAUGGGGGACAGUAUGCACUACGAAAUUCUGUCUCUGGAGGAGGUCGAAUCCUUAAAGAAAGAAUACAAGUUCCUGUCCGGUCGCAUGGAUGCCACCAAACGGAAGUUGGCCCUCGAAAUUAAACUCCGCGAUGCCGCCAUGUCCCUCAGCAAACUAUACAGUUCCAAGAGUCCAAGAGCCAGUGAAGAAAUCGAUCCUCCUGACUCCCCCAAAUCUCACCGGAGUCGCAGGAGCAUCUUCGGCCGGAACAGUGCCGCCGGAACUCUGAACCAGACAGACGAGGAACUGGCCCGGAGCACCCGCAAAUGCGAGGACCUGUCUCAAGAGAUCUGGAAUUUGGAGCGCAGAGUCCAGCAUAUCAACCAAAGGCUCCUGGAGCACACCGCCGGUGUACUGCAGAUGACCCACAAAGGACUGAAGAAAACCCCAAAGAACAAUGUCCCUCACACCCCGGAAAGCCUGUCUAGCCACAACACCCGCGGCAGUAUGGAUGAUUUUGAUGACCGAAGCCUAUACCGCACAGCCGAUCAUUUAGACAACCUACGUCACAAUGGGGAAAGGGGUCUCGGUCUCGGCAGCACCGUUGGUUCGCAGAUAAACCCCGUUGAUAUGGAAGCUAUCCAGAACACCGAGAGACGGCUGGAGGACUUGAGCGGCAGGAUGCGCGAAAUGAUCUUGCAGUCGAACCCUGACAACGAAGUGGAGCCUCUUCCGCAACUCUCCGACAUGGGCGGGCCUGUGAGUCCUACGGCCACCGUUGAAGCGUACCUCGCCUACAUUGAGAGUGGCUUGGGCAUGUUGCGGACCCAACCUACCAACGCCUCGACCACCACCCGCGAACUCGACGACAAUACUCAGCAGCGGCUAGACGAGAUUAACAAUCACAUUCAGUAUAUCUUGUCGCAGUCGGGACUGCCUCACUCACAGGCUAUGCCCCCGCCGCCAGAUCCAUCGACCGAUCCCCUGGCGAGCCAACUGUCGUAUCUGACCACGGGGCUUGACAGCCUUCAAAAACGGGUCGAAAGCAUUAUGGAGCAAAAGAGUAUUCUGAAGACUCAGAUCCAACAGCAGCGAGAACUGAACUCCAAGUCGGAUGCUGAAAGGGAUGCCCAUAUUGCCGAUCUGGUCGAGCAGCUGUCCCGAGCCCGCAAAGAUUUCGAACUCUCAGAGCGUGAGAAUGAACGGUCGAGGAAUGAGCUCACUAUGCUCGUGGAGCAGCUGGAGGCGGCACGCCAGGAGUUGUCCGACCACCAGCAACGGUCCAUUCCCGAAGAUAACUCUGGAGCUCUGGCCACUGAGAAAGAGGCACGGAUUCGUGCCGAAGGCGAGGUUUCUCGUUUAGAGUCCCAUCUGCGGGAGCUCCAGUCGGAGCGUGAUUCUCACGCCGAAGAACUCUCCGCCCUGCGUUCGCACUCGGAGGGUGAGAUCGCCCGCCUACAGAGCAGGAUUGAUGAGCUCCACCAUGAGACCGAUGCCCGGGCAGAGGAGGCCGCAGAAGCCCGCGACCGCGCAGAGCAACAAGUCUUCCACUUGGAGCAGGCUAUUCAGCAAGUCCGAACGGAGGCCGAUGCCCGGAUCAAGGAAGUCACCGAUUCGCACGCGCAGGCCGAGAGUGAGGUCUCCCGACUUCAAGCGUCGAUGGAGCAACUUCGCGCCGAGGUGGAGUCUCAGCUCAAAGAAGCCACUGACUCCCGCACUCAGGCCGAAGAGAAUGCCGCUCGCCUGCAGAAUGAGCUGACCGAGAUGGAAGGCGAAGUGGUCCGAGCCCAAACCGAGCUGACGAUGGUCAAGGCCGAACUUGACGGCGCCUACGGGACUCGAGCCCAGCGUGCUGCUGCGGUUGCCGCCAACCCUGCCAUUCAGAAGGAGAUUGACGAACUCAAUACCCGGAAUAUUGAGCUGGCGCAGGAGCUUGCAGCCCUGAAAGCUGGAAAGCCGGUAAACGGCGACCUCCAGCAACGUGCGGAGACGCUAGAGAGAGAGCUUCGCGAAACGAUCGACGACUAUGAGGCCAUGACGAAAUCGAGCAUUGAGUUUGAGAAGGAGCGUGAGAGGUUUGAAGGCAUCAUCGAUGGCCUCCGUGAUCGCUGUGAGCAGUUGGAGACGCAGCUGCACGAAGAGCGCAUCAACUUGAUGGGCACUCAAGCCGCCAUGGGACGAGAGGGUACUUACGAGACCACUUCCACCAUGGUCCUGAAGAACGAAUUCAAGAAGAUGAUGCGUGACACCCGCCUUGAGAACAUGAAGAUCCUGAAGGCGGAACGUGAGGAGCGCAGACGCCUCGAGAAUCUCGUCCAAAGCCUCAAGAAGGAACAACCCAGCGUUUCUGGGAAGCCAGGCUCGACCUCCAGUGUCACGGCUAUGGGAUAA